AUGACUGUUGAGAACCCUUAUGCCAGCGUGAAUAUUCCGCGAGAUCGGCUCGAGAACAGCUUCAUUAAGCGCUACCUGGGAGAGGAGCUGCCCUCGCCCACUGUCAUUGUUAAUCCCGGGGCCGUGCCCACCUACCCAGCCCCAGAGCAGCUGAACGGUGCCAGUAAAUCGGUGCCACUGGAUAGUUGGGAUGGUUCAAAAGUCCUGCCGCAGGAGUCCUGGGCCCAGCCGUACAACCCGUAUGCCAGCCUGAAGCUGCUGGACGGCGCUUCCUCGACGCCGCUCUACACCAUCGAGCUAGACAAGCACCAGAAGAGUCCUGAGGUGGGCAUGGACAGUGGCUGCUGCUGCGGCUGUAAGUGCUGCCCCUGCUGCCGGAAAUGCUGCUGUGUCGUCUCCUAA